AUGGCGGGGGUAGUGGGGACGUUGAACAUGAUGGGAGAAAGCUACAACUUCCUUGAGUUUGCUGAUGACAACAAGCGCAAUCAAGAUCAAGAUGAACAAGAAUCCUGGAUUCAACGAUAUGGGAGGAUCUUGGAGAGGUUCAAGAUUUUGAAGUCUGCAGAUGUCGUGAGGGAAGCUGAAGCCAUUGGCUUCAAACUGCAAGUGGCUCUGCACAAUGAACUGUUCUUCCAAGAAUGUACCGAAGAAUUUCUGCAACGAGACAACAAGAUGGCCCUGACUAACCGCACCAACCUCAUCGUAUGCGGAGCAAAACCAGUCCAUGGCGAUGGGACUCCGUUGUUUCUUCAUGCCAAGAACUGGAGAGCUCUGAUGAAGGACCAAGUCGUGCAUUAUCACGAGAAUCUCAAGGAUCACUGCAUGGCGCUGUGGGACGUUGCAUGUAACCUGGCGGCGGAGGGUUGUCACGGCGACUACCUUUCUCUUGGCAGAGAAUCCUAUCUCAACCCGGACAACUUCGUUGUGAGGCUGAACAUGAUUUACGUGCUUGCUGAAGGAUGGUUUCGAUUGACGAGUGUGCUUGUAAGGAUCAUCAUCAAGUUUUGUCCUGGCAGUGCAGGUCAGCACGAAUCGCUCGUGUCAUGGAUGGCCUUGCAGACAGUGUUGGAAGAGCGAGGAUAUCACGUUUAUGAGGUUGUUUCUGCUACCGAUGACCCUCGAGACGCUGAAGAAGCUGCAGGGAGGAGCCAUGCAGCGAAGAUUGGGAGCGAUUCCGUACAACAGCGAGGAAGACGAUGGUGGUGGAGGAGAGUUUGUUCGUGCGUGAGUUUUGCCGAGGAGACUCUCGACAUCGGAGACAAGCUGAGAGUGAUCAACGUACACGUCAAGGUCAGCUGGGAGGCAGAUGACUGUCUUUGUCAUGAGUUCAAUCCUGUGGUGUUUGACAUUUCCAACAAAGAAAGGAUCAACUUUCUGUUAGCGGAUACCAACAUUCCCAACUCUUCCAAGGUUGAAACCUUUUCUGCUCGCGCCGCUGCACUCGGACUCCGCGUCUUUCCCUCCGGCGUGACGACAAGAAAGAAGCGGACGGAACUUCAUGGGCAGAUGUACGACGCUCGCAAGUGCCUGAAGGUGGUCGAGGCAAGGAAGGACUUCUGCCUCUGCUGGGCUGCAAGUGAGCUGAGAGAGCAGCUGGAGUCGUCGCAGAGUAGCUGGCAAGUCAAGGUGUCUCCUGAGCUGGGCGAGGACGGGGAAAUGCUGCUCCCGAAUGCUCACUGGCCGACGGAUCACGCCAUGCUGAGCGUGCAGGUUGAGCUACUUCCGCAGCUGCUCUCGUCGGUCUGA